AUGAAUUUCACGAACUUGUGCCCUGAUGGGCUAUGGCCACCCGGGCCCCAUUGUUCCAAUAUGAUAGCUGCUGGAAUCGAAACAAUAUUUUGCGUGCUAAAUGUAGGAUUUCUGAUUUACUACUUACGCAGUCGGUAUGAAAACCUUCAAACGACAAAACCUUGGCGGAAAUGCUUUACGCUGACAAUACAGGGUCUUCUCUUGGCAUUGACAUUAACACAUCUUGCCUAUAAUGCAUACCAGUUCAAAGCACUAUUUAUAUUUGAGGAUCUGGCAGCGUUCGCAUUCUGGGCCACCGCUUUUGCCGUUGCUUUUCAGUGGCGAAAAACAACGGCAUAUCCCUACAUCGAGAUCUUCGUCUACGUUUUUGGAGCAGCAACGGCGAUCCUACCCUUGUUCAAUGUUCGCAGCUUCUUCCCGUAUGGGGUCAAGAAUGUGCAAGGAGUUUUCUACAUCACAUACUCGACGCUGGUCGGAAUCUUGAUAGUUACCGUUGGUAUCAACUGUCUACCAAGCUGCGGAGCUGAUAAUCCGUGGGCCAAUUUCGGAAAGAAGGUGGAAAAAAUUGCUCCCUACGUCUGGCCGAAGAAAUCACUGACCCUACAGUUUCGGGUUGUUCUUUGUCUGAUUCUCCUGGUCUUUGGGCGUUUGAUCAACUUGGCAUUGCCCCUUUACAACAAAUGGAUUGUCGAUGCGCUUGGAGAGCCCCACAACUUCCCCUACAUGCUUAUAUUGAUCUCGACUGGUUUGAAGUUUUUGCAGGGGAAUGGAGCCAUGGGCGGAUUUCUGAACACUUUACGAACUUAUUUGUGGAUCCCGAUUCAACAAUAUACAACAAGAGAAAUUGAGGUUGAACUUUUCGAACAUUUACAUUCAUUGUCACUUCGAUGGCAUUUGGGCAGGCAAACGGGUAUGGUGCUCCGGGUGAUGGACCGUGGCACACAGUCCGUCAAUAGUAUCUUGAACUACAUCCUGUUCAACAUUGUUCCCACGCUUGCCGAUAUCGCCAUUGCUGUUGUAUUUUUCUUCACAACGUUCAAUUACUAUUUUGGGCUGAUUGUAUUGGCAACUAUGGUCAUUUAUCUUGCAUUUACCAUCCUAAUCACGGAGUGGAGGACACAGUUUAGACGCGAGAUGAAUGAAAAGGAAAACAACUGGAGCGCCAUCGGCACGGAUUCUCUUCUAAACUAUGAAACUGUAAAAUAUUAUGGAAAUGAGCAAUACGAGGCGGAUCGUUUUAGGAAGGCUAUUCAAGAGUAUCAAUUUGCCGAAUGGAGAUCAAAUGCAUCCCUAGCUUUCCUGAAUUUGACACAAAACUCGAUUAUUGGAGCUGGACUGGUUGCUGGAUCUCUCCUUGUGGCUUACCUGAUCGCUUCCGAAGGCAAGUUGAGCGUUGGUGACUACGUGCUCUUCACCACCUAUAUCCUUCAACUCUACACGCCAUUGAAUUUCUUUGGAACGGUUUACAGAACCAUCCAGCGAUCAUUCAUUGAUAUGGAAAAUAUGUUUGAUUUGAUGGAACAGGAAGUCGAGGUAGCUGAUGCGCCAAACGCUAUCGAGUAUUACCCCACGGAUGGCUGUAUUUCGGUGCAGAACGUGUCGUUCGAAUAUACACCCGGAACACCGGUUUUGAAUGAUAUCUCGUUCGAGGUGAAGAGUGGAGAGACCAUUGCGCUGGUUGGGGAAUCAGGAAGUGGAAAGUCAACAAUGAUCCGGCUACUUUUCCGUCUCUUCGAAGUUGGCAGUGGAACCCUCAAGUUCGACGGCACCGAUGUGAAAAUGCUUAAACUACGCACUCUCCGGAAGCAGAUUGGUAUUGUGCCCCAGGACACUGUUCUAUUCAACGAUACGAUUAGGUACAACAUCAGGUUCGGUAACCCUACCGCAAGCGAUGAAGAAGUUGAAGAGGCGGCCAAGGCUGCAAUGAUUCACGAGAAGAUUAUGGCACUGCCAAACAGAUAUGAGACGCUGGUUGGAGAACGUGGCCUCAAAUUGUCCGGGGGUGAGAAGCAAAGGGUAGCCAUUGCCCGAACGAUCCUCAAGAAACCGCAGUUCAUCUUUUUGGACGAGGCCACCUCCGCGCUUGACACCCCAACAGAACGCGCCAUUCAACGUUGCCUUGAAGAUUUGUGUGCUUCCCGGACGUCUGUGGUUGUUGCCCAUCGACUCUCCACAAUUGUAAAUGCUAGUCAAAUCCUUGUUUUGCACAAGGGUCAGGUUGUCGAACGUGGAAGACACCACGACCUCCUUCUAAUCAACGGUUUGUACGCCAGGAUGUGGGAGUCACAGUCGCAAAGCGAGGCCUACAACUCUCACAGCCCAAACCCAAAAGUUGAA